AUGCCAUCUAUUCUUAUUAAAACGCUCUUAUCGCUUCCAGUAUUGGUAGUUUCCACAGCCUUUGCCAAGUCCUCGAGAUGUACAGCCGAUAGUAUCAUUAUCCCCAACGCAACUGUAGCCUCAGCCAGCCACCACUCCCUCGGCGAUGUCAUUCCGCUUCCCAACACCGUAGCAUCAUGCGGUGGACCAUUUUUCAAAGCCAACAUCACAGCCGAUCUUUGCAGAGUUGUCGUCAAUGUCUCUACUAGCAAGUCUAGUUCAGUCCGUAUUAAAGCCUGGCUACCCGAUGACUGGAACAAUCGUCUGCUGGCCACGGGGACGGGCGGAAUUGGAGGAUGUAUCGACUAUCGGUUUGUUCAGAACGGAGCUCAUUUGAAGUUUGCCAGUUUUGGGACCAACACGGGACAUGAUGGUAUGGCAGGAUUUGACUUCUUUUUGAAUCAGCCUGAGGUUAUCAAUGACUUUGGCCAUCGGGGUAUCCACGUCGAGGCGCAGGUUGCGAAACAGAUUGUUGAGCAAUACUACGGACGCAAGGCCUCAAAGAGCUACUACCAAGGCUGCAGUACAGGAGGGCGUCAGGGCCUGCAGAAUGCCCAGCUAUACCCAGAGGACUUUGACGGGAUCUUAGCAGGGUCUCCUGCUAUUGACUGGCUUCACAUCGUAGCCUCCAAGGGCAUCCUGGCCAGGCGCAUCGGCUGGCCAGAUCUUCAAUCCGACUCUUACGUUCGCCCAGAGCAGUGGAAAGCUAUCGUGGCCAAACAGAUCGAGUUGCUUGAUCCUCUGGACGGGGUCAAGGACGGCAUCAUCGACAACCCUGCUGCACACGCAUUCGACCCUGUAAUGCUGGGUUGCGGCAAUGGACUCCUCAAUGGCUCUUUAUGCCUGAAGCCUCAACAGGUUGCUUCCGUUCGGGCUGCUUAUGAACCUCUUGCCGAUUCAGAGGGAAACAUCGUUUACCCAGGGUUUGGGUUGGGUGCAGACACCAGCGUCUUCUCAGCGAACCAAGUCAACGGAACGGCAGACUUGACCUACAAAGUCUUGCAGGACUUUUGGAGGGGAGCUGUUUACAACGAUUCAACCUGGAGACCCAACAACUUCACCGUGAAAGACAUGGAUUUUGCAGUCAAGCUCAACCCCGGAGGCGUCAACGCAGCCGAGGCCGACCUGGAAAGGUUCUACGCCAAGGGAGGCAAGAUCAUCUCCUACCACGGCCAAGCUGACGAGACCAUCACCCCCAAGCUGCUAGCCGAGCAUUACGCAAAGGUACAAAGCAAUCUGAACGUCACUCUUGAUGAUAUGCACUCCUUCUACCGACAUUUCUUCGUCCCCGGGAUGUACCACUGCGGAGGAGGUCCUGGUGCAGUUGACUUUGGACAGGUGUAUCCCAUGGAUGAAGAUCGGUUGAACCCAAAGGAGAAUGUCUUGCUUGCUUUGGCGGAAUGGGUUGAGGAUGACAAGGAGCCUAAGACUAUUGUUGGAGCCAAGUAUGGUUCUUCCGGAAAGGUCACGGCGCAACGAAAAUACUGUCCUUAUCCGUAUGAGAGCAAGUGGGAUGGAUCUGGAAAGACCAGCAAGGAGUCUAGUUGGCGCUGUGUCCUUCCGGGAGCCUUAAUUUCAUCUUAG